AUGAGCAAUCCUCCCUUCUAUAAGCUUCCUGUCGAGCUCAUAGACCUCAUAACAGAGUACCUCGCCUCCAAGGACUGCAAAUCCCUCCGCCAGACAUGCUGGAGACUCAACACCCUCGUCACCCCCCAUGCCUUCCGAAACAUCACCCUGGGCGUACCAAACUUCGACCAUCGAGAGAAGCAAAACAUGGAAGGAACCCCGGAGCUAAUAUACAAAUACGGCCAUCUUGUGAGAUCCCUUACUGUAGACGUAUACGGCUUCAUGAUCUCCGAUCACUGGCGCUGGAAGUAUGAAGAACACCCGUUCAUCAAACGUCUGCGUUCUCGAGGGGAGGACUACGACCAUGAGCUGAUGGUCGAUGAUUGUUGUCUCUUUCGGCAUGCGAGUCUGCUCACUCCUUUGGGAUUGCGGAUUCUUCCGAAUCUUCGUUCUUUGAAUCUAAGCCUCGUGUCUUUAAACACUCAACGAGACGGCCAUCCGUUCCUGAUAAUCCCCACCGUGGAACACAUCACCCUGAACGCCUUACGGCUCGAAAUAUCCAAUUUCGCCCAUCUGCCACGCUUCCAGCGAACGACGAACCUCAAAUCCUUCACGAUCAACUGCCCAUUCAUCAAGCUUGAUACUUUGAAAUCAAUGCUCUCUUUCCCAAAGGCUCUCACGCAUUUAGAACUUCAAUGCUGCUCGCAACUGCACCAAUCGGACCGCGCUUGGAGCGCGACCCAGCUACGCAGUGCUCUGGAGGUCCAGCGGGGGUCGCUGGAGGUUCUGGUUUUGCGAGAGACGAGGGUCGUGUUGGAGAUGCGGUUCAAGGGGAAUAGGUUUAUGACUCAUCGGGUGGAACCUAGGCAGCCGGGUUAUGUGUUCGAUUUGUCGGGGUUUCCUAGGUUGAGAGAGUAUAGCGGUUUCUAUCCAGAGACUUCGGGGAAGUUUAAGCAGGGUGGGGAGGGGACGAGGUCGUGA